GUUGUGUUGCUGCUGCUGCGUCGUGUUGCUGCGUUGUGUGUUUCCUGUGCGAUCGAGGAACCGGAGAAAUGGCGGAGAGGUUCCCUCGGUGACCCCCCCUCACCACCUCCCGGUUGUGUGUGGUGUGAGGGCGGCGGAGUGGCUCUUCCCUCCCUCCAGCACCCUCCCCCCCCUUUUUUUGGUGAAUCUUUCCUGGGAUCGAUCUUCACUUGUGUGUGUUUUUCUCUCCUCGUCACGUUUCGGAGUGAUGGAUAAGAGACAUGCUUGGCUGUGGAGUGCAGCAGGCCCGGAUCCCACUCUCCAACACCAAGACUGCAGACCGACAGGGGAGUGAGGGGGCCCGGCCUCCGUCAAGCCACGUCCAACUGACCUUUACUGCAAUUGAAGACGUAAGCACGUGCCCUUGAAUAUUAUUUUAUGUCUUCCUGACUCCCAAACACACAACCGGAUACCAUGAGGAACACCAGGUCAAACCUGCUGCUGGGCUUCGUGCUCCUCUGCUCCGCCUCGCUGCUCUACCUGGGCAUGAGCGGGAUCGAGUGCCCUCCAAAAAGCCACCGCUACCGAUGGAUGGAGCUCAACCUGGCCUCAGCCAAUCAGAGUCAAACCCUCACCGAGCAAUUCCCUGAGGACACGCCCCUGAUCUUCAUCGGAGGUUUUCCCAGGAGCGGCACCACACUGAUGCGUGUCAUGCUGGACGCCCACCACGCCGUGCGGUGCGGGGAAGAGACCCGAGUGAUCCCUCGCCUCCUGGCCAUGCGGGCCACCUGGAGCCGCUCGGUCAAGGAGAAGAUCCGAUUGGACGAGGCGGGUGUCACCGACCAGGUGUUGGAUUCAGCUGUGCGAGCGUUCCUGUUAGAGGUGAUAGUCGGCCAUGGAGAGCCUGCACCUCGCCUCUGUAACAAGGACCCGUUCGCCCUGAAGAGUCUCUCAUACCUGGCACGCAUCUUCCCUAAAGCAAAGUUUGUGCUGAUGCUACGAGACGGACGCGCCACCGUCCACUCCAUGAUCUCACGCAAGGUGACCAUCUCUGGCUUUGAUCUGACGAGCUACAGGGACUGUUUGACCAAGUGGAGCAGUGCAGUGGAAACAAUGUUCAACCAGUGCCAGGCAGCCGGGAAGGGCAGAUGUCUCCCUGUUAGCUACGAGCAGCUGGUCCUCCAACCACAGGAGGAAAUGAGGAAGUUGCUUCACUUCCUAGACCUGCAAUGGGACCCAUCAGUGCUGCACCACGAAGAGCUGAUUGGCAAGGCCGGUGGUGUGUCUCUGUCCAAGGUUGAGCGUUCGACGGACCAGGUGAUGAAGCCCGUGAACACGGACGCGCUCUCCAAGUGGGUGGGACACAUUCCUUCUGACGUGUUGAUUGACAUGGCAGAAAUCGCCCCCAUGCUGGCUCGCCUCGGCUACGACCCUCACGCCAACCCCCCCAACUACACACGAUCAGAGCCCAUGGCCUCUCCAAUAAACUACUCACAGAGUUUUAAAACAGCAGAAUCUCCACACCCCAGUUAAACAACAGGGGAGAAAGCUGUUGGCUUGGCUUCGCUGUUCCACGACAUGGAUGCACCUUAAACACAGACCAGCUAAGCAGCAAUUACACCUCAUGAACAUUUCUAUAGUGUCUCAUAUGUAUUUUUGAAUUGUUCGUAAGACUUGAAUCCAGCGGCUCUGUCUGUUUUAAAAUACAGAUUCACGGGGUGGUUCGGAGUUUUAUAUCUCAUGUGCUGUAUGUGGUUAACCUGAGACUCACGGCAGUUCAGACAUCAUCACGCUAAUCACACCUCGUACCUGAAAGUAUUUCAACGUGUCUGUCGGUCGUUAUGGCUUCACCACUAAUGUGAAUGUGUCUCUACACAAAUCUCCUUCUCACUGAGAUUUCAGUCAGUGUCCAUGAAGCAUAAUGACUGUAUAUUUUUCAAGAUGUAUGUUUAUUUUCUUAAUAAAUUAUUUUGCCGUCGACCAAUCAUUCAGGAAAUUGAAAGUUGUUUAUUCCAAACUGAGAAUUUGUAAUUGUUGUGUAUCGCUCAACACAAAAUAAAGUCAUGCAUAAAUGUCACCUUAUAA